GCGGAGUAGCGGAGCGGCAGAGCGUUGUGAUCCAAUGCUGGGGAGCCGGGAACCAGGAACCGCGGGCUGCGGGGAGGUGGCCGCCGGGCCGCCGGGGCCCCCCAGCCGGCCACUCUGCCGGGAGGAGAGGCCUCCGGGCGGCGCGGGGUGUCGCCUCACCGGCCUGGUCAGCUGGAGGCAGAGACCGUGCAGGACGUUAGCCCUGUUCGCUGCAGCCAACGCGGGGAUCUGCUUCGUGGCCUUCAGCUCCUUCCGAACCUACAGCCUCCUGGUCCUCCUGAUGGCUCUGCUGGUCGUCAUGACGACCGCCGGAGACUUCGCUAGGUCCAGAUCCACAGGAGCUCACUUGUGGCGCAGCAUGACGGCAAGCUGGGAGAUCAUCGACUCGGGUCAGGACGGCCAGUCCGAGACCGGACCUCAGCUCAGCGACUCCAUCAGACUCUUCCUCCAGGAGACAUCGGCCUUCAGACAGCAGAGCCCCGGCAAGUUUUGUCUGCUUUUUUGCAGUAUAUGCACCUUCUUUGCCGUUUUAGGACGCUACAUUCCAGGGAUCAUUAUCUUAUAUAUUCUUGUUCUCGGCGUUUUCUUUUGGCCUCUGGUCUCAUGUCACGAGGUCGGUGUGUGGCUGGAUCCAGUUCUGCAGAAGCUGGACUUUGGCAUCGGGGAGUUCCUUCAGAAAAUCAAAGAGAACCAUGAGAGAAGAAUCACGCUGGCUCAGACAGAGAAAGAAGGCAUCGAGUCGGACCUCUCCUCCAUGUUUCCAAAGCUCGACUCCACAGUCUGUAAGGAAAUGUCUGUGUCGGACACCGAGGCGUCUGAUAUGACGUGGACGGACAACGGCACCUUCAACCUGUCAGAGGGACACACGCCUCAGACCGAGAACUCAGAGGACCUCGACAGAGAAGAGGCGUUCACCGGAGGCCUUCUGGAAUUCCCCUCGCUCGACAACGGCGCAACGACUAACGGCGACGACGACGACGACGACGACGACGACUUCAGCCUCGGCCUCCCCUCGCCUCCCCCCCAGCUGCCCAUCAAAUCCAGGCACACGCCCUCCCGUCACAGAGACCAACCCGCCGCCGACCAAGCCCUCAAAUUGGUCAACCAGAUGGCGAGCGACUUCAUCGCCGCCGCCGUCACGGCCGCCAUGCAGGAGCGGAUAGAGGCGGCGGUUGGCUUCCCGGCGCCGAGCUCCGACUCGGAGCGGUCCGGACCCCCCGAUGGCGCCGGGCUGCCGGAGCUGGCCGAGGAGUCGGACAGCGAGGUGGAGGACUUUGAGCUGCUGGACCAGUCGGAGCUGGAGCAACUGGAGGGGGAGCUGGGAGGGGAGGGGGGCCCCCCCGCCAGAGAGGAUGCUCGGGCCCAGAGGGACAAGCCGGCCUCUCCGGGGUUCUUCUCCAAUCUCCUGAGACGCCACUGAUUGAUGAAGAGUACAAUCGGGAAGGAAGGAGGAAGGAGGAGGGGUGACAGAGGACAUGUGGAGGUGUUCUGGUCACGGAAGACUGUUGGGAGGGUCGAGGGGGUCGGAGGGGGAGCUGCGAGAAAACAAUGUUCCCAUUUUCUUUCUUUUCUGUAGAAUCAACCAAUCAAAACAGUUUUAAAAAUUAGUUUUUUAAAAAAUGCAGGCGGAAGUUACUUUAAUCAGAUGGUCGCAGCCUAAUGCCGAGUUCAGAAUACACAAUAUUUAAAAAAAUUAUGGCCCGGAAAGUGAGCGCCGGCUGCCGACCUCGUAGUGACAAAGUGCCGAUGAGGCGCCUGGGACGACUCGGUGUGAGCGAGAGGAAAAUAAAGUGAAAAUAAUUCACUUGAGAACGUGGAGGUUUUUUUCUUUCUGUGCAAUCUGCACAUGUUUAUUUAUUUACCUAUUAAUUCUGUUCAACAUUAGGUUCAGGUCAGAUAUUUGAUAACUGGUCCAUGACCAUUACGAUAUAUACAAACUUAUUGUGUGGUCGGAUCUCAGCUCAAAUAAGGUAUGCUGUAAUUACAUUUAUCUUUUAAAAGCAACUUUUUAUCACCUAAUCAAAUUUUUUCUGAUUAAUUUUUAUUAUUAUUAAAUAGUAUAUAAACACAUUAAGUGUUGUUCAGGCACUAACUUAUUUUUAAGCAAAAAAAGACGUUUGUGGACAUCUAUAACGAUAACAGUGGGAGGGGCUUAACGGUUCGGAAACAGACCUGAAACCGUUAAAUAGUUUAUAAUUAAUAGAAUAAUACGAUUAGCAAUCAAAAGUAAAUUGAUAUUUUAUAAAUUGUAUUGAAAUGCUGCUGUGUUGUAUUGUUUUAUCAAUCACUCACAAUCUGUUUAUGCACCUCAAAUGUCUUCUAACACUACAAAGUGUUCAAACCGUCUAAUAACUAUAAAUUGCUUAUGAACGCUUCGUAGAUGGUACUUUUAUCUGGAUUAGUCACAAAAUAUUAAAACUGAUAAUUUCCUAAAAAACUGAACCGUUCAGACUAAUGAAUAUGAUAAUAAUAUAUGACGCAGAAUUAAUGCUUUCCCUUAUUGCAAACUUGAAUUCAUCCCUAAAAAGAUGCGUUGUAAAGACCAGUAUAACUGCAGCGCAUUUCACCAGUAAAGCGUGGAGAAAAACCUUGUUAUAUAUUUGUUAUGUUUAUUACAACUCACCGCUCACAACGCUCACCUGACACCGAAUUGAUUCAUCCAACUACAUUACCCAGAGUUCCACAGGAAAUUGUAGGCAAUCACAAAUACCUUUAAUAAUCAGAAUAUUCACUACUGGCUGGAUAGUCGACCAUAACGAUUCAAAUCUAGGAAACUUAUUUUCUUCUUUCCUUUUUUUAUUUUCAUGAAUAAUGUAUGCAGUAGAAUCACAAAAACAUGCAGCAGCUCUCAAAAACUGCAUGCAAAUCAUAUUUUGAGGCAUAAAUACAUAUAUUUAAACAUUUAAAAAAAAAACAUUUUACUUCCAGUGCUUUCAUAAAGUUCACACAGUUCAUCCUCUAACUCAAAAUUUCAAAUUUCAAUUUCAAAUUUCAAACAAAAUGUACCGAACUCGUACCCUGACCCGAGGCCCCAACCGCCUCAGCUGGCCCAGGUGUGACCAGCUCUUUAUCCUCGCAGGCCUGUUGGGGGUUUGUGGACUGGGAGAAGACCAGAGGCCGUGUUCCCCGGGGGAGGGGGGGAGGGGGAGUCCUUUGGGGGCUACAUAGGGAACAUGGGGGUACCUAGGUGGCUGCUAGUCUGCCCAAAGUGUGUGGUUGCAUGGACAGGAUCUCAAGCUGCGAGCUGAGGGAGAACCGCUCCUCUGCUCUUUGAGGUUCUGUUCGCUCCGUCAGGACCUUGAGCUGAGCACCUGGGGCGGUUUGCAGGUCGUGUGUCAAGGUUUUAGGGAUGAGAGUCAGUACCUGCAAAAUCUUAUCAAAUAAACCAGCGGUGAACUGAAAGAUUACAUCAUUCUUUCAUGUUACAGCAUAAGUACUACAUUACCCAUGAGCCUCAGCUCAUUGCAUUGACUUCUGCCAACAGACCUUUUCUCCUUGCCGGAUGUUUUAUUGUGAAAGUCUCUUAUUUCCUAAAUAUUUUAAACCAGAUGUUUCCUGGAAAGAACCCUAAAAUGUGUUUAAUUAUCUGUAAAAUAAUGAAUUUGAGAAAUUUGUGAAAUUAUUGGCUGUAAAACGAUGGAUUGCGCCCUCCAGGGUCGAAGGUAGUUCAAGUAACUAAAAAAGAGAGUUCAAGUAACUGAAAAUGCAGAUAUAAGCAGGACAAGCUUCCUCCAGAGGGAGGAGCUCUAACAUUGUGUGUGAUCUCUGGGUUACUAUGGAGACACCCUCCCCGAGCCCUGAUUGGUCAGUUCGGGCCUUCUUCUGCUCUCUAGAACACGAGUCGGACUGAGCCCAUGAAGACCUCCGUUCCUCACAUCACAGGAUGAUCCAAAAAAUAGAGGUCAAAAUAGAGUUUCAGUGCACUGCAAGUUAAACGUUAUGGCUUCUUUCCAUUUGCACCUUUAAUUGUGAUUUAAUGAAGCGUGGGUCAAUCGUGGAUUCACAGAAUGAAGAUAAAGAAUGAUUGAACUGUUUCUGAAACAUGCCUUGGACAUUGAAAUACGUCGUUUUCAUAUAAUAUAUAGACACACGGCAAUGUAUAAUGUAUCCUCUUGAAUAAUCAUGUGAUGCUAUAACUCUAACGAUGACAUAUGUGUUUAUCAGUGCCUGAGAGGACUUCGUAGUGGCUGCAGUUCAUUUCUAGCUCACAUGUAAUAACUGUAUAGGACAAAGAAUACUUCAUAGGACUUCUUAAUACGAGUGUAUGCAGGUUCAGGGUUCACUGAAUACAUAUAUUUUAUUUUAUAUUUUUCGCCAACUGAUGAAAACGGUUCAUGUUUUUCGUUUAUCUUCCGGUUGUGUCGUGGUGGCUUCAAUGUGUUGGUCUAAAAAUCAAAAGUCCUUUGAAUUCAGUUCCAAAACCGAAAUGCAUUAACAAAAAUGUACUUUUAUGUAAUUAAAGUCAAUAAAAGGUUGUAGCGCA